AGUGGAAGCAUAUAUUGCCUUUCAGCAAAAGAGGAACCCAAUUCCCCUCCUCGGACAGGACCCAACUUGGAUUUGGCCGCAUCGGAGCACAAGCCAGCAACCACAAUUGACGCCAAAGUUCGAAACUUUACAAGCGAAAACGAGAAGCCGCCUCUCCCCUCGCUGCGUCCUUGGUCGAUCGGUUCUUCCGGCCUCGUCGGAACCCACGAGCAGUUUAAGCUCGUGAUCUGCGGACCUCGAUAAUGGCGGAGAAACCCCAGCCCGUCAAGGUCCUGUACUGCGCCGCCUGCUCGCUGCCCGCCGAGUACUGCGAAUUCGGCCCCGAUUUCGAGAAAUGCAAGCCCUGGCUCGUCAAGAACGCCCCCGAGCUCUACCCAGAUCUUCUCAAAGAGGAGGAGGCUGAUAAGGUGUCUGAGCAGCUCCAGUCGGUCGGAAUCUCCUCUGGCGGCGGCAGAGAUGGUGCCACCGCUUCCACCGCCCCUACCGGGAAUUCUUCUUCGAAUAAGCCAGAAGAAGUGAAACGUCUCCCUGGCGGAAAAGUUAAGAAGAAGGACAAGCAAGAAGUUGUGAUCGAAAAGGUCAUACGUAAUAAGCGCAAAUGUAUCACUGUUGUCAAAGGACUUGAACUAUUUGGCAUUAAACUGAGUGAUGCUUCGAAAAAGUUAGGAAAGAAGUUUGCAACUGGAGCAUCAGUUGUUAAGGGACCGACUGACAAGGAGCAAAUUGAUGUUCAAGGAGACAUAUCCCUUGAUAUUGUGGAGUUCCUCACAGACACCUGGCCUGAUGUGCCCGAGGCUGCUAUUUACUUCAUUGAAGAUGGAAAGAAGGUCCCAGUGGUUUGAGUUGAGGUUGUUCUCCGAAGUGAUCCGGUUGGUUUUGUGAUACGAACACAAACCGGAGAACCGCUGUGCUUGUGAUUGGAGCAUCUAUGAUGAGCGGCCACAGCUAAUUUUAAGGAAGAACUCUGUGCUGGAGAUGUUGAAUAUUUAUGCUUGUCAAUUCUCCGGCGGCAUUUGAACACGUCAUACUUAUAGUUCCGCAGUGUUAUUUUGGGUUACAUAUAUAUGAAAAGCAUGAGUUUCUUAUUUUACCUUUAA